AUGGACCAAGGAGCGGAAUAUGCAAAGUCGCUGCAACAUGGACUUGCCUCCCUCUCCGCUGGGGCUCAGGAGCAGCAUGAUCCAAAGAACGAGUUCGCCUUCGAAUUGGUUCCGUCACAGCACAUCGACGAACUAACAUUCCCGACGACAUUUCAUUUCCAGACCCCAGAAGGUGCCAUCUUCCAUACCUGGUCCUGGACCGCAUCACUAAUAAUUGGUGUCUGCAUGACCAGUCUCUGCCACAAAGACGAUCAGUGGCAAGAAUUAGACUCCUCUGCCACUGAUUCUGCAACACAAAACAUUUGCAUGUCUUAUGAGUAUGCAGCUAACUUGAAGCCGCUGGGAGCGCAGUUCCUUCAGUUGCCUCUCAUAUGCGCCUUCUUUGUCUGCUGUGAGGAAGUCAAGAACUGGAUCCUGCGAAAAAUCAACUUGCUGGUCAGCGAGUUGCACAUUUACUAUACUAGGGAAUUUCUUGAACCAAUGGCGGCCUCGAUCCUGGGGAAUCUAGGUUGA